CUUGUCUAUUCAGGAACUGGGGCACUCCGCUCACAGAGCUCAGACUGGGCAGGCCGGUACAAAGGCGCGGUCUAUCUCCAAACACUAAACUUUGAAAAUGGAAUUUUGUACCGUGAGCAACUUUCUGAUCCUGAUUCUACUUCUUGGAACGGCAAAUGGUCUCCCCUGCAACGGACCCAAAGGGCCGUUAUGCCUACAACCGCGCUGCAUCCAGACUACCGCCGACAUUCUGCGUGUGAUGGAUCUGGACGCCGACCCGUGCCAGGAUUUCUACCAGUUCGCCUGUGGUAAUUUUGCCAAGGUGUCGGAGAUUCCCGAAGGCGAGACUAGAUGGACACCCAUUCGGCAAACUCAAUAUCAAAACCAAAAACUUGUGCAGAAGUUCCUAGAGCAAGAUGGCUACAAUUACAAAGGAGUUAGAAGCGAGGCUCUGGUGAAGGCCAAGACCUAUUUUCGGACUUGCAUGAACCAGACAUUCAAAGCGGAGAAUGGUUUCGACCCACUGUUGCAACUCAUAGAUUCCGUCGGUGGAUGGAAUCUCCUACCAGAACGCGGCAGCGCCGUUGAGGGCGACAUUUCCCGUCUCGCCUAUCGGUUGGCGGAGAUCUACAACUUGGGCAUCCAGCUGCUGUUUGCCAUGGACAUCGGCCCAGACGACCACAACUCCAGUCUGAAUAUCGUCCAAUUUCAGCAGUACGGCCUGAGCCUCCACCAACCUGGGUACUACGAGGAAUCAAAACGUGAAUUGCUCGAUGCUUUCGUUGACCUCGGCGUCACGGUGAUGACUUUGCUCCGUGACCCACGCAGUCCCAGGGAGCUUGUCGAGACACGGGUGGACGCGAGGUCCCGGAUGGAGGACAUUGUGGAGUUCGAAAGAGCAAUGAGCAGGUUAUUUGUCCCGUUCCCAAAACUGCAAGAUCCUCUCGCCAUUAACAACAAGAUGUCCCUGCAGAAAUUUGCGGACAUGAUGCCGGACUUCGAUCUGCUGGGCUACGUGAGGCAUGCCUUCGGCCGGGAUAUAGGCAGCGACCGGGAAGUCCUGGUCUACACCCCAGCCUACUUCCGGAAACUGAAUGACCUGCUCAGAGACACUCCGGACAGGGUACUGGAAGAUUACAGCUUGCUCUUCAUGACGCGGAGUUACAUCAAGUACCUCCCUGAACCGUUUCGGGAGGCACAGAAGAAGUACAUCAACGUGCUUACGGGGGCCACCAAGCGGCCGACGCUCCUCGACCAGUGCUUGAAGGAGGUCGACCGAACGUUUGGUGAUGUGACGGGCGCCCUCUUUGUGGAGGAGAAGUUCUCCGAGGCUGCAAAGCGAAAGACAGAGGAGAUACUGGGAUACAUACGGGCUGCCUUCCUUGAGAACUUACCACGGGUUCGCUGGUUGGACAAGAAGGCUAAGGUCAUUACUGGGGAGAAGGCUAGAGCCAUGAUCGUGAAGAUUGGCUUUCCAGACUGGAUUCUGGACCCAGCACAGUUGGAUAAAUACUUCGAAGGGCUCCAUGUAUCGGCGGAUAACGCUCUUCAAAAUCAGGCUAACUACAAACGUUUCUUAUAUGUAAACAUCUCAGAAAUUCUCGAUUUUCCGGUGGACAAGAACAGUUGGGACGUCAGCCCAGGUAAGGUGAGUGCACAAUACGACUAUUCGCGCAACGAGCUGGUGUUUCCUGCCGGCAUUCUGCAACCACCGUUCUUCAGCAAUGAUCUGCCGGCAUGGUUGGACUUUUGCGCUAUCAUAAACGGGGAAACCACUCUGUAUGAGAAUUUCGCGGACAACGGCGGACUAAAGAUUGCCUACCUGGCCUUUCAGAGAUGGCGGAGGAACAGUGCGGACGAUCUGUCACUGCCGCUGAACUUGACGGCAUCCCAGGAAUUCUUCCUGGGAAUGGGCCAAGCUUGGUGCAGUUACUAUACACCAGAAGCCGCUAAGAUCUACUUAGACAGGGGCUACCAUUCGCCCGAGAAGUACAGGGUCAUCGGGUCGUUGUCCAACCUGCCAGCCUUCAGCGAGGCGUUCCAAUGUCCCAUCGGAAGUCCCAUGAAUCCUGCCGUGAAGUGUGAGGUGUGGUGAUUCCCGUGUGGUGAGCGAGCGGCCAUAUUUACCAACCACUUCGAACAGCAUUUAAUUAAUUACAGCUAUAAGUGCAUUUCUGAUUCGCUGUUAUUUUGACACUAUUCACUUUCCAGCGCUUGUAGAUGAUAUUUUCAUUUUCAAAUAUGUUUUGCUGUUAUUUGAUUAAAUUCAGCCACAAAAGUUUGCUGGACACCUGUAUUCUUAGAACGUGUUGAAAAAGAGGUUUAUACCUUUUUUAAUUUGAUGUAAAAUCGUGUGCCUUACAUGUGCGACACUUUUGAAGACAAAAACUUUUGAAGGUAUAAACGCUUUGCAUCAAAAUUAACAACAUCAUCAUUAGUAUUAAUGUUCAUCAGAAUUGGAAUUUGAACAAAACUAGGAAUACUAAGACGUCAGUGGAAUUUUUUACCCAUUGGAACAAACCUACAAAUCCAAAUAUUGUUGUCCAUAUUUUAUUUCAAAAACCCUCAAAAUAAUAUUCGGUGUUAAAAAAAGGAGAGCCUAGCUCACAUAUACCGACAUGACAGCACACAAGAUGUCGAGACGCAAACAGUGGCGGACGACUAACGAGCGUGACGUCACUCCAUCAACAUGGCGUCCGAAACUCCCAACGUUUUAUUACAACAUGCCUUCCUACUGGUUGUACCAGGUUUGAGAAACAAACUGGUACUCCAGUUCGAUGGUCUUCGUUUUAGAGGCUGAUGCUUUGAUGACAAUAAUUGAACUGCCAUGUUUUAGUCGGGACCAGGAGGAAAUAAGCAAAAAAAAAAGAGGUACUGAUACUAAGGGGGGAAAGAGGCAUCCCAAACGUGUUUGUGUGGUCCUACUCUGGCGACUCACACAGAGAAUCAGCACAGUUGAACACGAUUCAGAUUUUUAUCGGUUUUUUAUCUCGUCUGUGGUUGUGCCAGUCGCGAAAAAAAGGUCCCCGUGUGUUUGUCUACCAUCGGGGACUGUUGAGCGUUACUGUGUGCGUCCAUUUACGUCGAUAUGGAAACUAUACAGGCUUUACAACUUGGUUGCUUGAUUUACCGUUUGUCUCAAAACUUUACUCUGUAGUGGCCUUGACUAGACUCAGUAAGGGGGAAUUGUGACUGUCAAUGCCGAUGACCUUGUACUCUACCAUAAUCAGGACAUGUAUGGCGUAAGUUUUCGCUGUCCAUGUGCAAGUAUGACAAAGGGGUAGCCUAAAAUAUCAGAUGUGGCAUAUCGAUCUACGGCCUAAGAAUGAUCUAGGGCCAAGACUGCGUUCAUAAGGACUACUAACAGACAUUUCACAGAGCUUCUAAGGGGUUCAAAAGGAGAAAUAGGAAGAAUACACUCCUCCUGGAUUGUUUGACUGGAGAAUCUGCCGUAAUGGGAUGCACAACGCGCAUUAUGACGUCAAACUGUACCCACGACAGACACGAAGAUGGCUUUGCGCGGUUCAGCCAAAAAAAAAACCAAACAAACAAAGAAAGUUGACGUAUUAUGUUUGUGGCUAAUAUGAUUUUUGAAAACAGCUGGAUAUUGGAAAGUUGCACAUCGGACUGAAGUGUCGCCUGCUCCCCUUAUUGUCCUCGGUCGCAUGUCAUCAGAGAAUUUCAGGCCUUGUAAUCAACCUGUGCUGGUGAAAAUUGGAGACGUAGGAAACGAUAACGCUCACACAAUCGGGCCGAUUUUAAGUUCAUGAUUGGCUACAAUUGACACUUUUGUUGUAAGACAACAGCACCAACGACAGCGUCAAUAUUGUUGGUCACCAUCAUAGCCCUUUUCCGAUUUCUAAAGGACAGUUUUUAUCAGUCUAAUUCGCCGAAAAACAUGUACGCCCUGAAAUAUCGUUCUGUUCCUACAAGGAGUCACUGUAUUUGAAUGAGGAAUGUGGUAGCAAUCGAAUCACAUGAGAUUUUCAGACCGUUCAUGUUGUAAAUCCGGUCAGGGCUCAAUAUCCCAAUGAUUGUUUGGCAUAUUCAGUGGACUCAGUCGAUUCAUGUCGUCAUAUAAAACCAGUGUCGCGUUACAUUCCUGAAUUAUAGUAUGAUUAAACAAAAAAAUAUAUAUACGGCAACUGUAAAAAUAAAAACAAUUCUCUAUAUGUAAACAAA